UUAUAAAACAUUCUCAUCCAAGAGUCGAAUAUAUUUAAAAAGUAAUCAUUAAUCUGUCUCAUAUCGACUUAAAUAAUCGAUACGAAGGACGUAUCCCUCUUCUCUUGUUCUGUCACGAACAAACCACUAUUACUUCCACUAUACUUUGAAGAAAGAAAAUGAAAGAACUUGAUAGUUAUCAAUCGAAUAAUUCACCGAAAAAACAAAGGAAAAGAUCGAAGAAGCAGAAAUCUACGUAUAAAUUAUUCACAAAGGACUGCUGGCCAAAGGUAAUGAUAUCUCGCGAUAAUAUCGUUUACAAGAAGAUCAAAGAUUCCUCCGGAAGUUCAAGUUUGUCAUUUAUCGAAGAAUCUUCGAGUGGUUCCCGUGGCAAAAAAGAAAAAAACAGCUGUGAACAUUUGUAUUGCGAAAACGGGACGAAUUUCGAGGAGGAACAAGAUGUCUGUUUAAUUAGUAGUUCCAGCGAGAUUCAAAAAAAUUUCGAACUACGUGAUAUUUUGAGAAAAAUCAGAAAAAAUUCUGAUGGAUUGAUCGACGAAAGUGAAUUCGAUUGUUUGCCGGAAGAUAAGUAUGAUCAGCAGGGGCCCAUUUUCGUUGAUCUAACGACCGAUGAAAAGAACACGUGGAAACAAACGAUUUUGAAGCAGUUCUGCGAUGUGAAGACGAUCACGGUUAAUGAAAUGGAAAGCAGAAACGAGAAGUGUUCUACAGACGUUGUACUAGAACCUCGAAUUAUAAUAGCAGAUAGUUCAAGUAAAUUAAAUUACAAUGGGAAUGGCAGCUUAGCAACUGCUUUACGAGAUCGUGGACCAUGUAUGAUACCAGUACAACCGAAUCGUUCAUUACCUAUUCGUCCAGCACCAUCUGUACCUACGAGAUUCUUUCGUAAGGAUUAUUCGCCAUCGUUCAUGUUACCAAAAUCUAGCAGCGCAGACAUAGAGGAAAUAGAAUCUGUAAAACCAAUCGGUACGUUGUUAAACGAGGAACUUCAUAAGGAAGGAAAUAUUAAUUGUGAAGAACGAAUAGCGUCGAAAGAUUAUGUGAGCUCAAUGAAUUACGUUCUUCCUCAAAUUUCAAGUGUUGGAAGUCUGAGUAUGAUAACGAGCAGAAACAAUAACGACAUGGAACACGAGAAGGAUAACGUUAAAGAAAAUAGAAAGAAGAAGAGAUCGCAAGGGGGGAAUUCUAGCCAAGGUAGAAAGGAUAACGUGGAAAGUUCGAUCAAAGAGUUUUUGACCAAUUUCUGCGGAUCGAACGCGGCUGAAGGAAUACAGAAUCUAUGCACCGAUAAAUGUAUUAAAGCUACUUCGACGACGAAAGAAAAUAGUGGUAAUAAAGUGCCUCCAUUGAGACUGAAAAAAGUUGUGCAUACAGAGAUGGAGGGAUACGACAAUUCUCAAGUCAUUCCGGGAUCAGAACGCGAGUCAAACUAUAGAAUCAUCACAGACACGACAUCUGAAUCAUCAACAAGCCCAAAUCCCAAUUGGAAUGAUAUACUCUAUGAAAAAGACACAAAUCUAGCAUCUUUAAGUAGCGAUAGCUACAAGCUGAAGUAUCGGCGGAAUAGAUUGAAACAGAAGCUUCGCGAACUACGUGGCAAAGCUUCGGAGUUAGCCAAGGAAAUGGCAAACGACUCGAAUAAUCAGCAAAAUACCAGACUGAGACAGGUGAUGAAUCGUUACGAGAAGCAAAUAGAAAAUCUGUCGAAGUUGCAUGGCAAACUGUCCGCAGCGCUUUCAGUUUCGAGGGAAGUGAUCGAUGUAAAUGACGAUGGUAUUAAUACUAGUGGUAACAAAUAUCCGUGCAUGAAUUUGAACGAGAGAAGUUCAGACAUGGAUAUUUCAGUGAAUAACAUUUCUCCAACGUCGUCACCCGAGCCGCCAAAAUUGUCACCACGAUCAUCUUUGGAUUGUAUAUUGCCGGAAGAAAUUCGAAAUAGCCCACCAAUUUUACCGAGGGUGUGUCUAACUAUAUCAUCGAAUCAAGAUUCGGUGGAGGAGGAGCUACAAGUCGCAGAGAGGAAAGUUUGGCCUGUUAACGAAGAGUUGAUGAAACCAACGUUCUCUAUGGACCCUCUUCAGGUUGAUUCUGUAAACAAAGAUCCUUCAGAUCUUGAAAAACACGCACGAACUACUCCUAUGGGGAACAAUAUCAAUGUUGAUAUUGAAAAUUCAGAUCGUGAUGUCGAUAAAAAAACAUUAAAUAAUUGUAAAAACAUUGCUCAAUUUCCAAAGAAUAAUCGCGCGACUCAAGAAAAAAAAGACGAAAGGAGUAAAUCGAUGGAAGGAUUCCCUCAAUGUCGUCUUGUAACACAAGAACCAGAAAAGAUCAAAUGUCUUGAAUUUUCUGAUACUGGACCGAUAAUAAGUUCGAUAGCUAGUUGUGUAGAAGUAUCGACACCUGUCCAAGAGAAUGAGACGUUCGAGAUGAUGCCUGACAAACAAUCUUCUCCAUCAAGAAAGCAUAUAUUACAGUCUAAUUUUUAUGAAUCCAAUCAAGAAGAAGUUUCGUUCUCGAAAAUUCGUCAAGAUCCUCUAAAUGCGCAAAAGGUUUCAUCGAGUUCGGCUCAACAAACUCAAUUUGAUAUUCCACGAACAGUAUUAAAUCAAAAAUAUUCUACCAGAUUACGACAAAAUUAUAAAGGAGAAGAAACUCCGAUUGAUUCUGUACAAAGGAAUGGCGGAAAUCAUUCUAUAACUGAACAGUUUCCGACUCUUGGUAACUGGUUGGCCCGAAUAUCAAAGAAACAAGCUUCAAUAAGCAAACCCAAAUUACAAACUUCAGGAAAUGCCUCGUUUACAGCACCAGAGAAUACUACAGGCCAAGUUUCUGGGACCGAAAUACCAAAAAUGAUAGGUCCUAAUAUAAACAACAAUAUAAUGAAUGUAGCAUCUCAACGUAAUGCAGAAAAAUUGCAAUGUCAUCAUCAACCACAGCAAUUACAUAUUGGAACAUCUGUAACUCUUUCACAACCUAUUGCAGCAGUUCCACCUUUACGCCCUGGUAUUUGUCCGCCUAUUUCUAUGACACAAUUUUAUCCAAACAAUUAUACAAUCGAUCCUUACAAUGGUGCUACCUUAAGUUAUCAUCCAACAAUUUGUCCUUAUGGUACUUAUCCAUAUCAUCCGCGUUUACAUUCGAGUUCUUUAUCAGGGUAUCAUUUUCCUAUACAAGAAAAUCUACGAUCAAUGCAACAUAUGGAUAAACGUUUUCCUUUGAUACAAGAUCCAAUUGUGAGAUAUUCCUCUCCAUCGACGAACACUUUACAGCAUUCGAAUAAUUUGGAAUUUGAUCGUCUUCGAGGAAACUCUACUACUAAUAAUAUUGCCACUUCAACCUGUUUACCAUCGUUAUUUUUAUCAUCACCAUCUUUAUCUUCUUCGCAUCAAACUCUGGCUCGAAAUCCUUUAAUCGGAUAUUCAGCAAAUAAUCAAUUUUCUCGUAAUAGAAUGAUUCCGGAUGUUGUUGCUGCUGCUGCAGCCGCUGCUGUUGCCGCUGCUGCUUCUUUUGAUAGGCAACGCGAUACAUUAACUUACAAUAGAACUGAUACGGAUACAUUAUCGACUGCUGGCAUUACAAAUAUAAUUGAUACAGAAUCGCCUCACGUAUCAAAUGCUGCCAAAUCAAUUAAUCGCGAUGUGACUAAUCAAACUCAAGAUAAUAAUUUUAACGAAGAAAAUCAUGAAAAUACAAAGUAUCAACAAAUGCAAAAUUUUCUAUUUGAUCGAUUAGGACUCGUGAAAAAUACAGAUAAUUUUGCACAAACAAAUUCAGCUAUUGAUUCCCAAACAAUGACGUCUAUUAUUCCUCCAGCAUCAUAUCGGAUGCCAUUAAUCUCAUCACAUGUUCAAUUAUCAAAAAAUGUAUCAACAAACGAACCUAGAGAUUGCGAGACACCACAUCUUGGUAAAAUGAAUCGUAGUCCAAAUAGCUUGCAUAAUUUUACGUGUUCGAAUUGUGGUAUUAUCGGGCCAAAAUUUAAAUGCUUAGGAUGUGAAAUGGCAUUUUAUUGUGAUGAACGGUGCCAAGAAAAACAUUGGUAUAUUCACGUUCAAAGAUGUCCCAAAAAAAUGCCAAAAUUAAAAAAACUCACUUAA